AUGAUCACUUCAAGUAAUGGUUCAAUGGAGUUGAUAAUUACUAAACCACAUUUUCUUCCAUCUACAUUAAAAUCACAUCAUCAUUAUUAUCAUCAUCAUUAUCCUGAACCGUCCAAUCAUUCAUCAAAAGAACCAGAAUCCCAUACUUCGGAGCAGCACACCAACGAAGUUAAAUUAAGAAUUCAUGAGCGAAAACCCAUUGAUCUUGAACAUGAACACUAUACAAUAUCGACAUCAUCUAUACCAAUCAUUGUGUCAAAUACUAAUUCAUUAUUUAUUGAUGAAAAUCUUCCCGUAACGACGACUGUGGAUAAAGACAACCGUCAUCAUCAUCGUUAUCUGCCACCUAUCUGUGAUGAAGAACUUGAACAAUUUCCUCUAUCAAUUCCAUCUGAUAAUCAUCGCCAGUCAACUCGCUCUCCAUCCUAUCAAGCUACGCUAUUUGCACGUCGUCAUUUUCAUAUUUAUGAUUGGACGCGUCUUUCAUUUUAUGAUAAUGUUCCCGCGCCGCUUGGAUAUUUAAGUGAACCAUUAAUUGUUGAGGAUCAAUCGCCAACAUCGGCAUCGUCGAAUGAUGAUAAGCGUUCAUCCACCGAUCGACAAGAUUCUGGUCUUGGUACGAGUAGUGUCGAACGACAAAUUGAUUCUAUAGCCAUAACUAAUAAUAUUGUUAAUCAAUCGAUAGCUUCAUCUUUGUCGUCAUCUUCAGCCUCCUCAUUAUCGUUGAAUAGUAAUAUGACAAGUCCAUCUUCAGUACGUUCACCUACUAGUCGAAAAAUACGCGUGAAAUGGCAUUCAUUCACUAAAACUCAUCGACCGAGUUUCAAUUCCAUUAAAUAUCAUCUAGGACAAAUGUCUGUUGGCCAACUGUUAGCAUUACGUCGUGCGGCUCUCGUACGUUUAGAAGAGCUGUUCGAUACAACUAAAAUUCUCUUAUCGAAUGCACCUGCAUUAACGACUCGAACAGUCGUAUCUCGACAACGAUUGUUUGCUACAGUAUUUAUUGCAGUACCGAAAUUAAUCAUUCGUCGUCAUCAACAGCGAAAAGACACGCAUCAGGAAACGAAAAAAUUAGUUUUUGGUAUUUCAUUACUUGCUAUGACACAACGCACGGGACAUCCUGUUCCAAGUACAAUUCUAUCUGCUAUGAAAUACUUGCGGCGCACGUCGAUUGACAGUGUUGGAAUCUUUCGGAAACCCGGUGUAUCCCAUCGAAUCAAACGCCUACAUGAACUGAUGGAAACCGAUCUUGAAUACCAUCAUUUUGAUGAAUUUAGCCCGUACGAUGUCUCGGAUGUUUUAAAGCAAUAUUUUCGUUUGUUACCUGAAUGUCUUUUCACAACGAAACUAUCUCCAUUGUUUCUUCAUAUAAGCGAAUAUUUUUCUUCCAUGGAUAAGAAAAGCUCCUCCAAAGUCAACAACGAACGACGAUUACUUGCACUCCAAUAUGCAAUUCUUCUCUUACCGGAUGAAAAUCGUCUUGUUUUACAUUUACUUUUAUCGUUUCUAAAUGAUGUUUCCAAACAUGCGAAAACGAAUCAGAUGAGUUCAAUGAAUCUUGCUACCUGUUUCACUCCAACAUUGUUCUCAUUUACAAACUACACAAAAACAUCUACGAACGGCAUGCCAGAUCUGAAAGAAAUCGAAGAACAACGAAAAGGAAUGGAUAUUCUCGCGUUUAUGAUUGAUUACGUUCGAUUAUUAUUUAUUGUUCCGUUGGAAUUACAUCAGGCUUGUCAUUUUUCUUACAUUGAAAUCGGCGAGCCGUGCACACUGGAAGAACUAUCACGGCGCGUUUCAGAGCCAGCCGUAUCCGCUCCGAUGAUCAAGCAAACACGUCGUUAUUCAUCUGGCAAACACACCGCUCACCAACGCGCAAAAGAAGUUGGUAAAAUGUUGGCAUCCGAUACAGUCGGUUCAUCGUCAUGUGAUAAUAUAUUUCACAGCAUGAAUAAAAACAACAACAACAACAACAACAACAGUCAUGAUUUGAAGGCAAUAAAAACAAAAACAAAUACUUCGUAUCAAACUUUUAUUAAUCGUUGUAUUGUGGAAGUCAUGCGUGAAGCAUGUUCAACAAAAUCAAAAGGAUGGACAUCGUUUGGCAAAACGAAUGACAUCGACUUAGCAGUGAAAAAGCUAGAUGACGGACAUCCACUUACUCUUUGGAAAUGUUCCGUCGAGAUCGAAGCACCGCCAACCGAAAUCCUUAAUCGAUUAUUGAAUGAAAGACAUCUAUGGGAUGAUGAUUUUCAAUCGGGAGCAAUAAUUGAACAAUUAAAUUCGAAUACGCAUGUCUACCAAUAUACAAUCAAUUCAAUGGCACCAUUGGCAUCUCGAUACUUCUGUGAAGUGCGAAGUUGGAGAACCAACAUACAAUUGAAUAUCAAUGGAACAUAUCAAAAUCCUAAUUUUCCAGUUGGUUCGUCUUUAUCAGCAUCUUCAAGUGCAAUUACAUCAUUUAUUUCAACACAAAAUAACCAAUCGAAAGAGACAUGUGUGCUUGUUUGCACAUCGAUUGAACAUCCAAAAGCACAUUGCCCACCGACUUUAGUCCGAGCAGUGACGUUAGCAUCACGAUAUUUGAUACAAUCAUAUGGAUGUGGAAAAUCAAAAGUAAUACAUCUCAAUCGAGUAGACUUAAUGGGACGUUCACAUGAAUGGUACACGAAAGCGUAUGGCUCGAUUUUAACUCGUUCGAUGACGAAACUUCGCAAUUCAUUUGCUCAUACUAAUGCAGGACCAGAAACGAAAGUGUGA